AAUUUCAGACACUGCGGGAAUAUCAUCUACAAAGGAUUUAAUAUUUUUUUCAUCUUACUAAAGCUUCUGAGACUGGAAGCCCAAAGAAACACCAUCCUAUAUAACACCUGUGGCUUUAGUUCUAACCUAAGAUGUCUUCAGUAACUACGCCGGUUCGGUUUGCAUUUCUUCAUGUCCUAGGCAUUCUGUCUCUGAUGCCCAUCAGCUUUGGAGCUGAUUUAGGUGUUCCGAUGCACAUAGGAUGCGGCACGCGCGCGGCGGACUUGGCGGACUCAUCGAACUCACGCGCGCUGGUGGUGUGUCCCGCAAACUGCACGCUGUGGAAACUGUCAGUUUUCGGCUCCGGGAUUUAUGCCUCCAUCUCCAGCAUCUGCGGAGCCGCGCUGCACAGUGGGGUUAUAAGUGCGUCAGGAGGACCUCUGGAGAUUCAGAAACUGGCGGGCAGGAGUCACUAUCUCAGUUCUUACGCACACGGCAUCCAGACUCAAUCUCUGUCCAGCUGGAGUGCAUCAUUCACUGUAGCCAGAAAAAUCAGCUUGCCUAUGGAAGUGUCCAGUCAAACCAUCACUGCUGACAUCCCAGCAUCUGGAGCAACAAAGAAAGCUGUCAAGAAACCCCAGAAGAAACCUCAAGUAGCAGAAAACAGAGAUUGUCUUGUGGAUAUAGCUGUGCUUCUGGACAGCAGCUAUCAUAUAGGACAUCGACGCUUCAACCUACAGAAGAACUUCAUUGGUAGACUAGCAGCAAUGCUGAAGGUUGGGCCAGAUGGACCACAUAUGGGAGUGGUGCAAGCCAGUGAAACACCACGGAUUGAAUUCUACCUGGGCAACUAUAGCAUGCCCAAAGAUGUGAUUUUUGCCCUCAAAGAGGUAGCUUAUGGUGGGGGCAACACCAAUACAGGCAAGGCCAUACUCCAUACAGUAAGGAACUUUUUCAAUCCUGAUUUUGGAACGCGAAGAGGUCAUCCACGGAUUAUUGUGGCAUUUGUUGAUGGAUGGCCCUCUGACAACCUGGACGACGCAUCAGUAAUGGCUAGAGAAUCUGGAAUGAACUUGUUUAUAGUGAAUGUGGCCAAAGCUAUCCCAGAGGAGAUGGGAAUGGUGAGGGAUCAAGACUUCAUGAAGAAGGCAGGGUGCAAAGACAAUGGUUUCUUCACGAUGACCAUACCAAGUUGGUUCAGCACAAGUAAGUUUGUGAAGCCUCUGGCUCAGAAGCUCUGCUCUGUUGACCAGCUGCUCUGCAGCAAGACAUGCUAUAACUCAGUCAAUUUGGGCUUCCUGAUUGAUGGGUCCAGCAGUGUGGGAGAUACAAACUUCAAACUAGUUCUAAGCCUCCUAAGCUCUAUUGCUCGCAACUUCGACAUUUCUGACGUUGGCUCACGCAUUGGGGCUGUGCAGUUCACAUACGACCAGAGAUUGGAGUUUGGCUUCAGUGAUUAUAAAAAAAAGGAUGAAGCCUUGAGAGCCCUCCAAAACAUCCCGUACCUAAGUGGUGGUACAGCCACUGGAGAUGCCAUCACCUAUGCUAUGGAAAAUCUAUUCCAGCCCGGUACCAUGGGUUCAGGCAAGAAGUUCCUUAUCAUUGUUACUGAUGGCCAGUCCUAUGAUGAUGUUAAAGGACCAGCUAUAGCUGCUCAAAGGCAAGGGAUUACAGUGUUCACUGUGGGUGUAGCUUGGGCUCCAAUGGAGGACCUGAAAGCCAUGGCAUCAGAGCCCAAAGACACACACGUCUUCUUUACCCGAGAGUUCAGUGGCCUCGAGCAGUUCGAGCUGCCCAUAGUACGGGCAAUCUGCAGGGACUUCACAGAGUUCAAUUAGAAAGUUUUAGAUUUUGGGUAGGUAGGUAGUAGAUAAAAAGAAAGCAAUAAAGAGAAAACUAGAUGGAAAAAAACCCCCCAAUGUUUUGGUUUAGCUUUAUUGGUCAAUUCUUCACCUAUUAGAGCAAAAGUAGUUGUAUUUUUUCUUUUCAAACUAGGUGUAUUCUCUCUGUGUAGAGAUAGCCCCUUUAUUAUAUUGUUUUGUCAUGAGAGGAGUCUGCAUGGUUGUUGCUUUAGUAGUGCGAUUAAACCAAAGGAUUCUGUGACUUAUUCUGAGACUGUGUAACUCUAUAUUAAACUCAUACUAACAACGGCAGAUGUUAUUAUCAGAGACGAAUCAUGGUUUCUGGUAUUCUAGAAGAAAGAAAGGAUGAAAGAAUGAAGAAAGAAAAAGGAAAAAAAGGUUUGCUGUGUCUAUCACUGGCUGCCCAAGAGAGCUUUAACAUCCAUGCCUAUGAUAAAAAACACCAGGUUUGACAAGGCUGCCCUCUUGUGCAGGUCAUUGGUACUACAGAAAGCCUGAGAGAAGUUCCACAGGUUAAAGGUCAAACCAUAGCAUCUUCUGGGUUAUAUCACACCAUGCACUUACACAAGCACUGUAAUGCGCAACUUUUUGCUUAAUUACAUUUUCUCAUAAUAUAUUUUGGUCAAAUCUUAUAUUCACAUUCUACAUGUUCACAAAUGAGAUGUUGAGAAUUGCAUUUGCAUUAUACACACUAACAUUUUGAUCACACAAUUACUUGUUUCCUAAAUUAUGCUUAAUGUUCAGUUAUGCUCUUACCAUGUCUUUCUUAUAUACACAUAAAUAUGCAUGCUUAAGUGCCUUGCAAACUGAGAAGCAACAGCAGUGAUUGUACAUGUCUGUUUAAUUUAUUACUUUCUUCUCAAUAAAGGACAAGGUAUUUUUACAAGAUA